AUGGCAUCCUCGGAAGGUUGCAGUCCCAACAACGUGGUGAAUGCCCGAGAGGAGUACCUUGCAAGUUCGAGAGAAAACGAUGCAUUGAGGGAAAAAAUGAUAAAUUUUCAAAUCGAAAAAGAGGGAGACAAACAAAACAAAGCCUCGAUGGAAAGUAAAAAAAAUAUGAGCAUAAUUCACAUUCACAAAUUUAUUAACAAGCUAAAAAACGCAAGUGCAGCCAACCUAGAACAAAGCUACCUUCAGGCAUUGCUAGAGGACAUUAAACAGCUGAACAUAUCCAAGUAUCUGAGUGAAAUUUUUAAUUGUGUGUUGAAUUUAAUUCAUCAUGUGAGCAGGUACUCUGAUUUGUUCGUUUUUGUUAAUUUUAUGAGAUAUGUGCAUGACAAUUACGAACACGUGAGUGAACACAUCGACAGGAUAGUGUUUGCAAAAUAUUUUCGGUUGGAUGAGGAGGACAAAAAUUACUUCUUCCACGUCUUUUACGAAUUAUACAAUAAUGUUAGCGAGUCCAGCUUCUCCUCCAAGGGGGCCACCAGCUCGGUGAACAACUCCCGCACCGAAGUGGGAGCGAGUGCAGGGGAGAGUGUACAGGAGAGUGCAGCGGAAAGUGCAGCGGAAAGUGCAGCGGAAAGUGCAGAGGACAAUGCGGAGGAGAAUGUAGAACCGAGUGCAGGGGAGAGGGGUGCUGUGCAGGCAAGUGAACAGCCCCGUGCAAAUGGCGAUGGAAACGCGUGCGAGAGCCUGGUGCGCCAACUGAAGGAGCUUAGGACCUUCCAGAAGGCGAAAGCCACGGCGGUGAAAAACCUGCACAGGCAUAUGCACAAGGAGGGACGCGAAACCGACUCAUUCGUUCUAGAGCACAACCUGUUCUCGAAUGAAGGAAAGGAAACAAAGGGAUGGAAGAGCAACCAAGCGGAUCAAAAGGCAUACAUAAAGGAAAUGCUAAACGAUCCAGACCUCCUAAAGAAAAUAAAAAAAAAACAAAAAAAGGAAAAUACUUCUCUGUAUGUAUUUCGAACUCGUGCUACACGAUAUUUGCAAAAAUAGAUGACAUAUUUCUUUACUCUAAUUUUGGACUCGCAAGUGACUGAGAGGGACAGGAUUGGCUUGACUACAUCGUCGCAAGAGAAGCGCGAUGUGAAUCUUUACGCCACAAAAGCAGAUGUGCUGCGCGCUGUAAAGAAGCACCUCGCUGUCAGCACGGUGGUGACCAUGGCCAACCUGCUGGUGUACCUCUACGGAGAGCACCUCAUCAACGAAUACAGCACCGGUAGGAAGAAGACUCCCUGUCAGGUGGAGGACUGCGAUUUUUUUAGUGUGUACGAAAAGUGUGAGAAGCUUUGUUGCUACUUAGGGUUGGACGUCCCUAGUUUGGACUCUAUUCAAGUUGUGGGCAUCGAACUGUUGGGGAUGAAGGACGCCAGCGUCAAGCAUAUCAAGCUUUUCGAUAAGAUGAAAAAUAAUAACAGGAAGGAUAAGGACGGGCCAGCUGAUGAGUCGAUCCCCUUCUGGGCCAAUGAGCAGGAGAAGGCCUUUUACACCAAGUUCCCGGACUACUCCAAUAUCAAUAUUGUUCUGAAUGAGGACGAGGAGGACGGCAGCAUCGCGAAUGUCAGCUCUACCGCGAACGCGUCUAUCGCAGAUAACGCGUCUAACCCAGCUAAUGCUGCCAACCCCGGUAACGCUGCCACCCCCGGUAACGCUUCCAACCCCACUAACGCUUCCUCCCCCGGUAACGCUUCCAACCCCACUAACGCUUCCUCCCCCGGUAACGCUGCCACCCCCGGUAACGCUUCCAACCCCACUAACGCUUCCUCCCCCGGUAACGCCGCCAAUUGCGCCAACUGCGCCAACUCGGCUGUGCUGGAGGCGUCCGCCAGGAAGGACCCCAAGAAGGGGUUCCCGAAGUAUCUGGAGAAGCUGCUGCACAUGAACAGCGAGAAGGAGCUGGAGGACCACGUGAUGACCUUCCUGCUGAACUACAACACGAAGAGGAAGCGAAAGCUAGUGGCGAACAGCAUCACGCACAUCAACCAGGUGGUGCUGAAUUUGAUUCCCUUCUACUGUAGAUACGUAGCUAUCAUUAAUGUCUACAGGAAAGACAUGGCAGUAACGAUAAUCGAGGAGAUAAAAAGAAUAACAGAAAAAUUAAUCAAAGAAAAAUUACCUUGCCAAAAUAAAAAAACCAAAUGCAUAAAGUAUAUUUGCGAGCUAGCCAAGUUUAAGCUGUUAGACAUCACAUACAUUUUGGACGUGCUACAUUUACUGAAUGAAAAUUUUACAUCCGAUCACGCGGAGCUGUCUCUGUUCAUUUUGGAAAACUGCUCACUCCUUCUAAUUAAUAACUCAAAAACACACAUACGCUUUAUAAGUCUGUUACAGAAGAUAAAAAAAAUGAAAAGCUCGAGGAAUUUAUCCACAUCGUUCGAUCUGCUCUUUGAAGAAUGUUGCAUCAAGAUUGAGCAAGAAUUUGAUCCAAAAAAAAAAAAUUUAAAAAAAAUAAAAUAAAUGAGCAUCUAUCAGAUUAGGAACUUAGCAUCUCUGUUAUUCUACAUCGCCAUGCACAGACCUUCCUUCGUUACGCAGAUUAUAGAUGAGUUAUAUGAACGCAUCGUGCACAUUAUCGAGAGUAACGAUUUUAAAAAAUUCAACCUACUCAUUCAGUAUGCGCAUUUAUUUUCUGAACUGUUCAUUUACAGGAUCCUUAGUUCGAGUAGUGUGUUGGAUUUGCUGUACUUUUUGGUGGCCCUUUCCGACGCAGACAUGGCUAACUUCCACCACGUGGCGAGCAUCCAUCGGCUCUUCCACGAGAACCGCCGUGCCGUUCUGGCUGGGCGAGACAGCCCUGUGGAGAGCAAACGGGGAAGCGGCACGUUGGGGGGCGGUGGUGACUUCUCCCUUGGCGGGGACUUCUCCCAUGGCGGGGACAUCUCCCAUGGCGGGGACUUCUCCCAUGGUGAUGACUUCUCCUUCGGUGACUACGCAAACCCGCUUCACAAAUUCCUCCUCAUAAACCGGCGCAGCCCAGUGUUCCGCAACCUCCUCCAGGACCCCGAGUGUAGCAGCUUCAUUAACAUCAAAAUGGCCUGCAUAAUCAUAGAAAGGUGUGGAAAGUAUUUUCAAAAUGCUCCCCUCCUCAAAUUCAAAUUAACGAAAUUUUUUUUAAUAUUCAUCAGAUUUUUGCGUGUCCAGGAACCCCUGCCUGUUUAUAUUACUGAUUUAACAAAUAACGUUAUUGAUCUGUUUUGCAAAGAUAUGAGGGUGUUGAAAACGGUUAAGCAGGUGGACAAAUAUCUCCUUAGGUUGUUACGGUGUGAGUACAGAGUGUAUUUGAGCAUCACCGGGGGAGAGGAAUUAACCUUUCGACUCGACGCAGAAGAUGCCGCUGCGGAGGAGCACAACGACGUAGGGCGUGAGAAGCUGAAGGGGAACGCCCGCAGGGUGGAGGCGGGAUACCCCCACGGGGGGAGAAGCGGGUCGCAGGCAAAAAUGGGUGAGUACACCUACGGAGGUGCCUACCGAGAUCGCUAUGGAGGUGCCAACCGAGAUCACUACGGAGGUGCCUACCGAGAUCGCUAUGGAGGUCCCUACCGAGAUCGCUACGGAGGUGCCUGCCGAGAUGCCCAUCGAGAUGCUCGCCCAGGCACGCAAGUGCGGAGCAUUACAGCAGAGGACGGUGUCUCCAAGGAGAAGGACCAACAGGGCAGCCAAGUCAAACAGGAGGACGAAACUGCCAACGAAAAUAUCGACGAGGAAAUUAACGCAAUAAUUAAAUCAUCCAUUUUGGAAAACAGGUCUUGCCAGAGCAGGAGGGCCGCCACGCAGAACAUCAAGAACGCCACACUGUAUGACAAGCUGCUCGGCAGAGCGGGCAUACCGCUUGGCGCGAAGUGUGCCAAGUGA